AUGGCGGUCGGCGCGUCUACUCGUCGGAGCAAAACUGGGUGUAUAACCUGUCGUAUCCGCAAAAAGAGGUGUGAUGAAGCCAAGCCUCUUUGCCGGACCUGUACCCGAUUGGGCAUAGAGUGCUUGGGAUACGGCGCCAAGCGGCCUAAAUGGUUGAGCGAGAAGAGCAAAGCGGAUCAAUGGCGUCGACAUAUCGCAUACUCACCUAUGCACAGACAUGAAGCGAUACAAGUGCAGAAGACCAAGAGGGCGAGAGAAGAGUCGACGCAGUCGCCAGAAUCUGACGGUGACUUGUCUCCGGUGGAAACGCAUGACAGAUCUUCGUGGCUAUCGGCUUUCGACGGUAGCUCCGAAUCGAUCCCUCCGACUAGGUCUGGGAGACCUAGCGCUCAUGAUGGUCCUCCAUGGAAGACACCUGCUCCGUUCGAGCAGGUGGCCGGGGCGGAACUCCUAAACGAUUGGGACACAACCUUCGCUCGACCCAAUGGCGUACCCAAUGGUUUCCGAGAUGACCCCACUCAUGGUCAAUCCGUCUUGCUACCAAAUGAUGACAUGACCGUCACGAUUCAUCGGACCUCACCUCAAUCCCAGAGCGCAGACGCCGCCAUUCAGGACAUGUGGAAAAUCCUCUUUGGUCCCGAUACACCUCCACCUCCGCUUCCAGCUUCCUCGCCAAUCCAUCAGGCGCCUCCUCCUGCGACCCACUCAGAGCUUACUUUUCCCCUCACGAUUUUCAGACCCAUGCCAGCAGCUUCGGUGGCACCGUUGAUGGCGGCCAGCUCUUCCGAAAUCCCUGACUUAGGAUAUCUUCACCACUAUCUCAACGUCGUGCUUCCCCUGCAGUAUCGCUUCGCUUUCAAGUCGAUGGCUGAGCUAGUAACUCCUUUAGCAAUGUCCAACCCUCAAGUUAUGAGCUCGACUUCCUCCCUCGCUGCUCUCCACCUCUCUGCUCAACGUACGAAUACCCCUUUUACAAUGCUCACUUCGGAGACCGACGCUUCCUUCAACGAUGUCGAUGCGAUCGUUGCGUUGACUUCCCACAAAGAUGCCACGGAUAGGCUAAAUUUCCUGUCUAGUAGUGAUCUCACGAGUGAGGACGUCAUUGUCUCGGCGCUCUUCGCCAUAUCCUUCCACUUGUUCUGCGGCGGAACCUCCAGGGAAUGGGUAGAUGUUCUUGCCACGGCUCGGCGGUGUCUUGCAUCGGCCCUCGCGUCAUCUCCAGAGGUGACGCCAAGCAGAGCAGCUCCCGCAAAUGGGGUCUCAAGUCCAUGGCAGCGUUAUAGACCUCUCAUCGCCGUGAUGGUAUGGAUGGAUAUCCUUGGCUCCGUCACUCAGAACAAGGCAUCGCCCAUAUUGCCAACGUACAUGCGCCUUCUCGAUCGUACACCGAUGCAGAGACAUACAGAUGCCAGGCUGGACAUGGAGAAUGUGAUGGGUUGUGAUGAUACGACGUUAUUGGCCCUUGCAAGGACGAUAGCGUUAUCGGAAUGGAAGGAACAUGCUGAGAAAGCGGGGUGUCUGUCGAUCAAAGAGCUUGUUCAGCGAGCGGCAUCCAUAGAGAAGCUCCUGGCGGAGAGAUCAUGGCGUCAAUCACAUCUCGACGAAACGCCAGACUCGUCAUCAUCCCGCAGGGACGGCGAGAGGACGGGAUUAAUACGUUUCAUCAGUGACAUAUUUCACUCGGCGACUCAAGUGCUUCUGGCAACAGUAGUCAAUGGACCAUACCCACGGGUUGCCGAAGUGUCGAUAGCUGUCCAAGACACCAUUGCUGCCUUGACACUUCUGGACAUCAGUUACCCUCAAGCGGACAUCACUCGUGCCCUCAUAUUACCGAUCACCAUAGCCGGCUGUCAUUGCGAGACGUUGGCUCAGCGUGACUUUUUCAGAAAGCGAUACAGUAGUCUGGGACCUGACGCAGCAGCGUUUGGCAAUUCAAGUCAAGCUUUGGCUCUGAUGGAAGAAGUGUGGAGACAACGUGAUCUACCAGAGAUUGGCCCGAGGUCAAAAGUGGACUUUAGGCAGACAAUGCGGGACCUGGGCUGGACCGCUGGCAUCUUGUUGAUAUGAUACAUGCGUCGUUAUCAUUCUUCCGAACCGGCUUUACCUUUUCAGUCUCUUGCCUAGCCCUUCGAGCUUGGAAUUUUCAUUGGCGUACAAGCUUCCCACAGCCAACUCUUGUCCUCUUCUUGACCGCUCUGCAAAGAGCGUUUUCAGCUCCUCGCCAUCCCGUCCAUAGCCAGCUAGAUCACCCCACUGAGUCCAACAUGGUAUGCCGCCUUUCCAUCCAUGCCCGUUGCCCUCGUCUCCAUCUAUUGCAGGCUCUUUGCCCGAAUCCCAACCUCCACAUCUCUGUUUACAUGAGACGCUGACAAUCUUGCAUCGUAUCACAGUCGUCCGCUCGACAGCGGGGUCCAUUGGCUGACCCACAAUAUCUGUCCUGGUGUAUCCCGCAACGGUGUCUGUGACUACACCCAGCGAAUGACGCUUCUCCUCGUGGUCUGUCACGAGGGAGGGAGAUGAGAGAUGCAAGGUAGCCGA